AUGUGUCCGGCCUUGCAGGGUGCUGCUGCUGCAAGUUUUGAUCAUGAGAAGAUUAUAUCUGUGGAUAUUCUCUGUGAUGAUACUGACAAUUCUGGACCAUCAGAACCUGAAACCAGAAUUCUAACUGCUUGUGUUACCUUUGUAAGCACAGAAGCUGUCUACAUUAGUAAGAAAACUUGCUUCUCCCUUGAUAUUGUUUCUGAAGGUUUUAUACCUUUUAAGGGUGACUGGCUGGCAGUUGAGUACUCCCUCCUGCCAGGCACAUCCAACAUCGUGGCACACUCGGUGAAGCCCAUGGCGUGUAGACAUGUGGAGAAGGUCCGCAUCACCAACCUAUAUGGAAGAAAUGGGGUGAUAGAUAAUGAAAUCUUCUUCACCAAGGAUUCACUGAAUAUUCCUGAUGGAUACACUCCCCAAAUGGGUGACCUUGUCAAUGUGGUCAUGGUGGAGAGUGUUCAGUUUUGCUAUGUUUGGAGAGCAAUUUCUAUUAUCCCAGUGUAAUUGCUGUAAUAAGUAACAUGUUUCAUUCCCUGUUUCUGUUUCCUUCUAUGGGCAGUAAAGGGACUAGUUGAAUUAGAAAACUUUGCUUAGUAAGCCAAAGUAAUACUUUAGGUAAGUUUAUAUAAAUUAAAUUAACAUACUUGGGACCAUGAGCCCACUUUAGGGAUGUGUCUUAUUAAUGAAAAGCAUACUAAAGCUGGCUAGUUAUUCUAGAAAAGGAUUCCUAAAGUUUAAAUGCCUUGUUAUUUAUAGCUAGGAGUGGAUUUUGUGGUAGCAGAGGCCCUCAAGUAACCAUCAGAGACAAAGCAUUUUACUCGAAAGGCAACAGGGCCAGCAUGCCAAUAGACAUGAUUG